AUGGAAGUCCUACUCCUCUCGUUUCUUCUGAUCCUUGUCAUCGGCUCCUUCUUCCUCGAAGGAACCUCGCAAACGUUCAUCUCGCAGAGCGGGAUCGCGCUCCUAUUUGGCGUCUUCGCCGGCGGCUGCCUCGUCCACCUCAACUUCAACAACAACGUCUUCUUUGAAGUGCUGCUGCCGCCCAUCAUCUACGAAGCCGGCUUCUCGGUCAAGCGCGUCCACUUCUUCUCGAACCUCGGCGCAAUCAUGUCGACCGCGAUCGUGGGCACGCUCAUCGCGACCGGCGUCACGGGCGGCGCCAUCUACGUCGGCGGCCUCUACGGCGUCAUCACGCCUCUGAGCUGGAUCGAGUCGUUCCUCUUUGGCGCGCUCAUCUCGGCGGUCGACCCCGUCGCGACGCUCGCGUGCUUUGAGAAGCUCAACGCGCCGCCGCUCCUCUUUAACAUUGUCUUUGGCGAGAGCCUCCUAAACGAUGCGGUCGUCAUUGCUUUGUACCAAACGCUCUCCAAGUGGAAGCCGGACGCGACCUUCUCGGCUUCGGGCCUUGGCUCGGUGCUUGGCUCGACGCUCGCGAUGCUUGGCGGGUCGCUUGUCGUGAGCGCCGCCAUUACGCUCGCCGGAGCGUUCCUCAUGAACCGCGACCUCUUUAGCCGACUGCACCUCUUCCCCGCGUACGAGAUCUCGCUCUGCUUGAUCUUUAGCUUGCUCACGUACUAUGCGGCCGAGAGCCUCCACCUCUCGGGGAUUGUCGCGCUCUUCUUUUCGGGGAUUCUCACGGCGCACUACCACUUCCACACGCUGUCGCUGCCCGGCCAGCAGUCGUUCCGGCACCUCCUCCACACGUUUGCGUUUGUCUGCGAGACCUUGGUCUUUGUCUUUAUGGGCACGUCGCUUGUGUUUGUCUUUGCCGGGCACACGGACGACGGGAUGACGUGGCAUGACAUUGACUGGACGUUCAUCGGCUUCACACUGGGCUUUCUGCUCCUAAGUCGGCUCCUCAACAUCGUACCGCUCCUCGCGGUCUCGAACCUCUGGCGCCGCGCCCACGAGCGCAUCUCGCCCACGACCAUGUUUGUCAUUUGGUUUGCCGGUCUCCGCGGCGCGAUCUCGUUUGCGCUCGUCAAGACGUGGACGUUCGUCGAUGCUGACGGCACAUCGCACCGCCCACUCAUUGUGUCGACGACGCUCAUCAUUGUGGUCUUUACGACGCUCGUGCUCGGCGGGCUCACGGGCCCGCUCCUCGCUGCGCUCGGCCACAAGCCGCAUGCCAACGCCGAGACGGCACCGGGCAGCCCGAUCUCGCGGCCGUCGUUUAGCUUUCUCCAGUCGAUCGACGACGAUGCGCAUAAUACGGCGAGCCAGCUGCGCCAGCGCCGCCCCGCGCACGACGCCCUCGUCGAGCCCGAGGACGGGUCGAUCGCCAAGAAGGUCGCGACCAAGUGGAACAGCGUCGACUCGCGCUACUUGCAACCGCUCUUUGGCGGCCAGCAGCUGGUCGCAUCCCGCGUCGAGGCCUCGAUCGCCGCCAGCGGCGUCUACAGCUUUGUCGAGACGCCGACGGGCCAUGACCGCACCAACUAGCGUGUGUGGCCGUAGUACUACAUGUAACAAUGCAUCGAAUUUGACAUGAACGCAUUGGAAGGC